UAAAAAGAACAUUUCCCUUUUCUUAAUUUACUCAGAAUAUCAUAAACUCUAUGGCGGCCAUGGAUUCUGCUUCAAUCAUGAGUAUCUUGGCCAAACCUCAAGGGAGUAGCUUACAUAUUGCAAUGUUUCCAUGGCUGGCAUUUGGUCACAUGAUACCAUUCUUAGAAUAUGCAAAAUUCUUAGCCAAAAAGGGCCACAAAAUCUCCUUCAUUUCCACCCCAAAAAACAUCGAUCGUCUCCCAAAAAUCCCUCCAAAUUUAGCAUCUUCAAUCACUUUUGUGAAGCUUCAAUUGCCUCGAGUCAAUGGGCUCCCUGAGAAUGCUGAGGCCACAAUGGAUGUUCACAAUGAUGAUAUUGAGUACUUAAAAAAAGCCUAUGACGGGCUUCAACCCGAUUUAGCUUCUUUUCUGAAAAACUCAUUGCCGGACUUGAUUAUCUACGACUCUGCUCCGUUUUGGCUCCCUGAGACGGCGGAAAAGCUCGGAAUCUCGCGUGUUUUCUUGUGUCUGUUCAAUGCCUGGUUCCUCUGCUUUUUCGGGCCAACGGAUGUCAUGGUGAACGGGUCAGAUCCAAGAAAAGACCCGGAAGAUUUCAUGGUUUCAGCUCCCUGGGUGCCAUUUGAAAACAGAGUAGCCUACCGGAGAUUCGAGAUCAAUUGGAUGAUUGGUUCCGGGAAAAAUAACGUUUCCGGCGUUUCGGACAUAUUCCGAGCCGGAAAAAUCCUUCAGGGAUCUCAGGCAGUACUAAUACGACAUUGCCCUGAAUUCGAAGGACAGUGGUUGAACUUACUUGAGGCGCUCCAUCACAAGCCGGUGAUUCCAUUAGGCCUAAUGCCGCCGCCACGGGAACAAUUCGACAGCUCCGAUGACUUCAACGAAACAUGGGUUUCGAUUAAAUCAUGGCUAAAUGCUCAAAACAAAAAAUCAGUCCUAUACGUUGCGUUAGGGAGUGAAGUAUCAUUGAGUCAAGAAAAUGUUACUGAGCUAGCAAUUGGUUUGGAAUCUUCGGGGGUGCCGUUUUUCUGGAGUCUAAGAAAGCCGGCGUGGUUAAACAAGUCAUUUGAGCUGCCGGAGGGAUUCGAAGACCGAAUUCAAGGGAAAGGAAUGGUGUGGAAAGAUUGGGCACCUCAGAUGAAGAUACUCCGGCACCAAUCCGUGGGAGGAUUCUUGACUCAUUGUGGUUGGAGUUCUUGUGUGGAGGGAAUCUCCGUCGGGCUUCCGUUGAUUAUGCUGCCGUUUCUGGUGGACCAAGGUUUGAAUGCCCGGGUUCUGGCGGACAAUGGAGUUGGAAUCGAGAUUCCGAGGAAUGAAGAAGACGGGUCUUAUACGGGUGAUUUGGUGGCUGAAUCUGUGAGGUUGGUAAUGAUUGAUGAUGACGGGAAGAGAUUCAGAGACAAAGCUUCAGAAUUGAGUUUGACUUUUAGUGACAGUGAAAUCCACCAAUCCUACUUGGAAAAGUCAGUCAAUUAAGUCACGGAGAGUAGUGUCAUUUACACGGCAGAAAUGAAUUUUGUGGACGGAUUAUAUGGUUUUAUUAUUAGCAGCACCAAGAGCGAGGCUAAAAGUUUCACCAUCCGGAUCAACUCGAGUCAGGCUAGAAAUUUCACCAUCCCGGUCAAAUCGUUGCUAAUGCAUAAUUUUUGUAAGGGGAAUAGUAUAAGUAUAUUCCCGCAAUGUUUUGUUUUUAAAGAUUUAGGCGUUAGCCUCAUUCGUUGUAUCAACUUAAAAGUUUUUUUAUUAAGAUCCUUCUCGUAGUUGUAUCUCUUUAGUUUUCAGGUACUCUUAAGAGUAAUCAAUGAUUCCGUACUUCCAUACCAUUUUGAUCAUUGCCAACCUCAGUUGUCAUGUUCGGGUAUUCAGUUUCAGUGGAUUACUGAUAACUAGAAUACUGAUUUAUCAAAUCGAUCUCCUUAUGCAUUACAUACGUAUGAUCUAUUGAAUCUCUAUAAAGUAACUGUAUUACAUGUGUAGAAAGGGCAAACAGACUCUUGUAGAAAGUAACUAUUUUUGAGUGUAAAUAUCAGCAGAAAGCAAUUCAGAUGUUGGGAAGAGGCUCAAAUCUUCUGAAGCAUCAAGAAUUUUCAGAAGGAAAAGAUGUCAAAACUGUGGGAGGGAGUCUAUUUCAGCACCUUCAAUUAAGCUUCCCUUUGACAUUACAUUAAGGUAAGGGAAUCUUGUUUAUUCUGAAUUGGCUGCUUAAAACAACAUUGUAUUGGUUGGUCCUAAUUGGUUCCCCCGUUGACCAUAUGUGAACAGGAUGCGCCUUCAUACUGGUGAACUCCCUUGGUUGAGAUCAUCAUAGAACGGCAGAAUCCACUUUGGACCUGAAUCGCGUACCUACAAUAAUCGACUUAACUUGUUAAAUUGUUCUUGGCACAAUAGACAAUUUAACUGGUUAGUAAUGAUUAUGAGAAAAUUGAAAAUGUUGUUAGCAUGCAUCUGGAAACCAUAUUGAUCUAGUAUCAUCUCUUCGAGCCUCUCGUUUCCUCUUUCAGUUGAAUUUAGACCUUAGUUGGAAACUCUUUUUUUCUUGGGAAAACAUAGGAGGCUGGAAGUUCUUGCGUUUGAUAUGGAAAUUAACAAAAUUGUGGCUUUGGAGGAGGAAUUAAAGAGGAUCUACUGAAACUGAAUACUCUUAGUUAAAGGACUCAGAAGUCAGGACCUAUGAUGACUGAUGAGUGCCUUUUAUCCUUCUCAACACAAUCAUUCACAAGAUUGCUUCUUUUUUUUUU